AGGCGCGGCGCUGAUGGCGGCUGCGGGGGGCGCGGCGCUGUGGCGGCGGUUGGCGGCCUGGCUGCCGCGGGGUCCUCCGGGCCUGGCCGCUCUGCUCGGCCGCCUCUCUGACCGCCUGUCCCGGGGCCGUGACCGCCGCUCCCGCAGAUCAUCAUGGCUUCUCCUAGCCCCACUGCUCACCCCGCCGGUUCCUGUGAUCACAGCCAUGCCUUGCUCCCUUUGCCCAGAAGGAGCACACAGGUUCCAGUGGAUCAGGAAUCUGGUUCCAGAGUUUGGGAUCUCCAGCUCACAUGUCAAGGUGCUUUCUUCUCCGGCUGAAUUCUAUGAACUCUUGAAGGUGCAGAUAAAAACAGCCAAGCAGCGAGUGGUGAUGGCUUCACUAUACCUGGGAACAGGGCUCCUGGAACAGGAGCUGGUGAAUUGCUUAGAAGAAACACUGGAGAAAUCAUUGCAAGCAAAUGAAUCACCAAACCUCAGAGUUUCCAUUCUUCUUGACUACACCAGGGGAUCUCGGGGAAGGAAGAAUUCUCGAACAAUGCUAAUUCCACUGCUGCAGAGAUUCCCCGAACAAGUGCGUGUCUCCCUUUUCCACACCCCAAACCUGCGUGGGCUUCUCAAACUCCUGAUUCCAGAGCGUUUUAAUGAGACCAUUGGCCUGCAGCACAUCAAGGUCUAUCUCUUUGAUGAUAAUGUCAUCCUGAGCGGUGCAAACCUGAGUGAUUUGUACUUCACCAAUCGUCAGGACCGCUAUGUUCUCCUGCAGGACUCUCCUGAGAUUGCAGACUUCUUCACGGAGCUAGUGGAUGCAAUUGGAGAUGUGUCUCUGCAGCUACAGCAAGAUGAUACAGUCCAGAUGAUGGAGGGGAUGGUACACCCCUACCAAGGAGAUAAGGUGAGAUACUGUGAGAUAGCAAAUCAAAGAGUGAUGGAAGUAAUCGACUCUGCCAGGACACGACAAGAACUCCUUCAUGCAAAGACUUUCCACAGCAGCCAGCAAGGCAGCUCCAUGUUACCCCAGCAUGACUCUGAAGCAUCUGAGGGUCUGAAACCAGAACCUGACACGUGGAUCUAUCCCUUAAUCCAAAUGAAACCUUUUGGGAUUCAAAUAGAUGAGAUGGUCACAGAGACACUGCUGACAGAGGCUGAACGAGAUGCCAAGAUAUACCUCACCACGGGCUACUUCAACCUGACACAAGCUUACAUGGACCUCAUUCUGGGCACUAGGGCAGAAUAUCGGAUUCUUCUGGCCUCACCAGAGGUGAAUGGCUUUUUUGGUGCCAAAGGGGUGGCAGGUGCCAUCCCUUCUGCCUAUGUUUACAUAGAACACCAGUUUUACAAUGAGGUCUGCUGCCUUCACCAGCAGGAGAGGGUCCAGCUGCAGGAGUACUCCAGGGCUGGAUGGACUUUCCAUGCCAAAGGCCUCUGGCUGUACCUGGCAGGGAGCAGUCUUCCCUGCCUAACCCUGAUUGGGUCUCCUAAUUUUGGAUAUCGAUCCGUUCACCGUGACUUGGAAGCUCAGGUUGCAAUAGUGACAGAAAAUAAAGCUUUGCAGCAGCAACUCCACCAGGAGCAGGAGCAGCUUUACCUCUGCUCAGGUGUGGUGUCAUCAUCAACGUUUGAGCAGCCAAGUCGGCAUGUGAAGCUGUGGGUGAAAUUGGUAACGCCUCUGAUCAAGAAUUUCUUUUGAAAGAAGCAGAGUUGCAGCUUUGGGUUAAAGGUCCAGACGUAAGUGGGACCUCGCAUCCGUGUCUUAUAGACAGGACAUUCGUAGAUGUUCUUGGUGUCCAUGCGGUCCACGGGGAUGGCUCUGAUGAAGAUGACUGGCAUCAUGGGCGUCAGCUCCUUCAGCCGAGCAUCUGCGAUAGCCCCAGAAGGGAUAUCCCAUCGAGCACCUGCACGAUUACAGAACUGUCAUGGUACCAGCUGCCCAAUGGCAUUUUCACUUCAAAAUGACUGUGUUUUAACUACUAAUGGGUGGGCAGGGGUUGUUCUAGCAGCACAGUGGAGAGGGUAAAGUCUGAAGGUUGGGUAGCCACGGUUUAGUAGUCCUUAGGGCUGACAUGUUGAUGUCUCACUGUGACUAAUGAAUGCAUUUUGCCUUGCUGGGUGUGGGAUGUCUACAUCAGUUGUGCCCCCACUCCUCCCUUCAGUGCAAGUUUGCAUGGAAGUUGCAUAGGUGAAGGUAGAACGUGGCGGUGGUGGGAACUACAGUAGCUGUCUACUACUGUGCCCUUAUUUUAUGUUCUGAGUUUCCUGAUUUGUCUUAUCCACGUGUUAAACAGUAGUGUAUUGUAUUUAUUUGCUAGAACCAUGCAGCUUAAAGCAGCUGAGUCCUCAGGUUCUUAAUAGGCAGUCUGCUUUUAGUUUCUGGUCUGGGAAACUCUAUGUGUAAACCGGGCCGCUGCUGCCCUCAGCUGGUGUGUGUCUGACACUGGCGUGGGAUGAAGGCUUCACUGCUUGGAGCUUUGCAAAAGCUGCCCCCAAGUAUUAAGUUAGUGAGCAUUAACGCCUGCUGUGUUUGCAAGAGUCAUUAAUUCCGACCUAGCAUUUCUCUGUGCCUGAAACAUCUCCUACAAGAUGUAAUCUUUUACCUUCCAUGAAUAAUCCAUGUACAUAGGAGCCUUCUCUGGGUGGAGCUGUCAUAUCCUCCCGGUUUUUCUUGGUCACUUCCACUGCAAGGCACAUCUUGUCCAGUGGCCAUUCAUUUUUUCUAGCCAUGGACUGCAUGAUAGCAGUGAGGAAAGACUGGGGAUUGAAGAACCCUGCCAGCCACACCGUCACAGGCAGCACAAAGUCCGUUGUCCAGACUUCUAGUUCCUGGAAAAUAAAACAGCAAAGUACUGCAGAGCAAAGCGUGGCCUUUGGACGGUGGAGCACUGCUUUGAUGUCACAGAGCUGAGCUUCAGGUGCUGGGCAGGCUGGGGUGCUGUGGUCAGUGAUGAAUAAAUAAAUACAGAUUGCACUGUAGCAAUUAAACUCCAACUGUUAAUUUGGAUUGUAGUAACUAUGGCUGUUUCUUUUUUUUUAAAAUACAUGGUUUUAUUAAAUAUAUUUUUUUCUGAGAUGCGUAAAGUUCCAUUAGGGUAUCUCAUGUUCUUUCAAAACAGUGUCAUAUACUAAUGGUGAACUCAUCUCAGCCUUGGGCUCUCCUUGAGAGAACAGUUCAGGUACUUUAAAUUGCUUAAACUAACAUGGAAAAAUAAAACAGUUAACUAUGA